UGGCCAACAAAAACAAAUAAUCAAAAAAGGGCUCAUCACUCUCCAUGGAGGAGCAGUUAGUUUGUGCCAUGAACCAAUUCAUAUCACUCUCUGCUUGCCACAUUCUAAAUGGUUAAGUCACUAAUUGAAGACUCUAUUGCAGAAAAUGCUCAAGAGGCAAUUCCGUACACUGAAAGCCCAGGGAAGACUCCCACUAGACCUCCCUCUGAGACCAAUGAAGGCCUGGCUCCUGGCAGGGAAAAGAGUCUUCUUGGAACUUGGGAUGCAAAGAGGGGCCUGGAAUUACAGGAGACAGAGAGAGUUCUCCUGGUCAGUUGCCAGAGAGUUCAGGAUGAAUUAAGGAUGUCUGAUUUCACUGUGGACACGGCGCCCAACAAAGCCAUCCAGCUUCUGAAAGAGGAGUGUUGGAAGUUGAACUUCUUGCACCUAAAGGAUGAGACAUGCCAGGCCACUGAGCUCACUGAGCUGUAUGGACAUUCUGAGACCUCUUCAAAGGAAACUCUAAUUGAAGAGAAAAGUCCAAAGACCAAGUGCCCGUCCAGCGUCGCUGGGGCUGCUGACAUUGACAACACCAAUGAGGAGGCUUCAGAGGAGUCUCCGAAUAACAAUGUGGUGGACUUUCAGGAUGAGUCGCUGGCCCUGGUCAGUGUGGAGAAAGACGCUGCUGGAGAUGGAAAGGUCCUCAGCAAGGUGGUGAAGCCCAAAGGGUGUCUGAAGGAGAGCUGCAAAGAUCAGCUAACCCCAACAAUCUAUGAUAUGAUUACGGAACUACCAAAGUCCUAUUUCGGAUCCACUGAGAGCCUUCCUGAGAUGUGUAUCAGAGGUCCAAAGGUGUGCAGUGGAGUGCCUGAUGUGUCAAAUGCAGUGGGAGAGGUGUCCAGUGACACAAUGACGACUGAAGCUGCUGAAGACCUUCUGGACACUGGAAAUGUCCUGAGAAAGGUGGUGCAGCUAUCCACCGAGAGCCAUGCUGAGGUGUGCAAUGGAGAGGCUGAGCUGUGCAGCGGUCCUGAGGUGUGCAGCAGAGGUCCUGAGGUGUGCAGCGGAGGUCCUGAGGUGUGCAGCAGAGGUCCUGAGGUCCUGAGGUGUGUAGCAGAGGUCCUGAGGUGUGCAGCGGAGGUCCUGAGGUGUGCAGCGGAGGUCCUGAGGUGUGCGGAGGUCCUGAGGUGUGCAGGAGGUCCUGAGGUGUGCAGCGGAGGUCCUGAGGUGUGCAGCGGAGGUCCUGAGGUGUGCAGUGGAGGUCCUGAGGUGUGCAGUGGAGGUCCUGAGGUGUGCAGUGGAGGUCCUGAGGUGUGCAGCAGAGGUCCUGAGGUGUGCAGCAGAGGUCCUGAGGUGUGCAGCGGAGGUCCUGAGGUGUGCAGCAGAGGUCCUGAGGUGUGCAGCAGAGGUCCUGAGGUGUGCAGCAGAGGUCCUGAGGUGUGCAGCAGAGGUCCUGAGGUGUGCAGCGGAGGUCCUGAGGUGUGCAGCGGAGGUCCUGAGGUGUGCAGUGGAGGUCCUGAGGUGUGCAGCGGAGGUCCUGAGGUGUGCAGCGGAGGUCCUGAGGUGUGCAGUGGAGGUCCUGAGGUGUGUAGUGGAGGUCCUGAGGUGUGUAGUGGAGGUCCUGAGGUGUGCAGUGGAGGUCCUGAGGUGUGCAGCGGAGGUCCUGAGGUGUGCAGCGGAGGUCCUGAGGUGUGCAGUAGAGUCCCUGAGGUGUCAAACCCAGUGGAAGAGGUGUCCAGUGAUACAAAGACAGAGGCUGCUGAAGAACUUCGGGACACUGAAAAUGUCCUCAGCAAGGUGGUGAAAUCCAAAGGGUGGCUGAAGGAGGGCUGGGAAGAUCAGCUGACCAAAGACUUCAAUGAUAUGAUUGCAAGACUCCCAAAGUCCUAUUUUGGAUCCAACGAGAGCCUUCCUGAGGUGUGCAGCGGAGUGCCCGAGGUGUCGAACGCAGAGGAAGUGGUGCGCAGUGACACAAAGAAGCAGAAGAAAAAUGGCGUUUUACGAUUCUUCCGACGUGUGUGGAAGUUCUUCACAUGCACCAACAGCCUCCCAAAAGAGGAGUGACUCAAGCACACACAACUCCGGGCAACA